CCUGUGUCAAAGAAACGAGCUUUACCAUUCUACAGCUUCGUGAGUGGCUCCCUCUCUCUGCAGCCUAUGCUCGCAGCUUUUGGCAUUUUCCCCUGAUAUUCCUUCCCCAUCCCAUUCCUACAACAUGAAAAUACGCCAAACAGCAAUGAUGUGCUGGGGUUUUUGGUACCCAACAAUCCUCUGCUUUUAGGGAUUUACCUCUUUUUCUAUCUUCCCUUUCUUCAUUUUUCUCCAUUGGGCGUCUUCUCUGUAUCAUCGGUAGUUUAAGCUCCAGAAACCAGUGUUAAUACAACUAUUGUGGCAUGCUGCUUCUUCUGAUGGAGUAAAAAAUGGCGUAAUUUGAUAUCUCCUUUGUACUGUUCCUUAAGAUAUUGAUGAUUCAUGGCUCGGAAGGGUAAUCAACAGAAGAAUGGAAUGGACCCUCAUGGUUUGAACCACAAAAAAGUGGUUUCUGGGCCUGUGCUUUCAGGUGUGAAAGGACAUGCCAAAGGUGGCAAGGUGAAGGUCUUUCCUGGAGAAGAGUGCUCAAAUGGAAACCAUAGUAGUAGGCUUUCACAGAACGCCAAAGAAACUACUUCUGCCGGAGAUGGUAAUAACAAUGUGCAAAACUCUGAGAAAAUUUCAAGGAAAGAGAAACAAGGAAUGGCUACUAAGCAUGACCUGGAUGAGCCAUUGUCUUUCACGAGUGAUCCAGGAGAGUGCAGUCAGAAUGCGGAAGUUCCUAUACAAGAAGAAAAUGAGGCAUUACCAAGAAGUAAUCAAGGUCAACUAAAUAUAAUAAGUAGAUUGAGCUAUUUCCUGAAUGGGUUUCUCAUAAAAAGUGUUGUGGAAAAAGGAGAUCUUGCCAAUAAUUUGUAUUUUCGGAGAUUAAGGUUGUGGUUAUCAUCCAUCUUCACAGCAUUUACAGCAUGGCUAACCAGACAGAGGCCAUUGUUUGUAUAUCUUAUGUCCAGCAUUUUAAAGGCUUGUGAACAUCUUAAAAUGAAAAUUCAGCAGGCAUAUCCCGUUGUUCUGAAAUGGCUUUUACAAUUUGGGAACAUAAUGCUUCUUUUAUCAGUGUUUUGGUUGGACUGUGCGCUUAGGGGUGUUGAUUCCUUUGUACGAAUGGGGACUGUAUCCUUCUUCUCUGUUAUAUGGUGCAGCAUAUUCUCAGUCAUUGGUAUGAUAGGGAUGCUCAAGUUUCUUGUUAUCCUGGGCCUGGCUGCCUUAAUUGGAUUCUUCGUUGGGCUUACCCUUGCAAUUUUGGUAGUUGCAAUCCUUGGAGUUGUUUUCUUGUGGAUUUAUGGCAGCUUUUGGACAACUGCAACUUUCAUCUUCCUUGGAGGACUGGCAUAUAAGUUGAGCCAUGAACGUAUUGCACUACUUAUCACCACUGUCUAUUCUGUCUAUUGUGCUCGGUUGUACGCUGGGUGGCUUGGCUUGCUAUUAGCUUUAAACCUGUCAUUUAUUUCAAGCGAUGUGCUAAUAUACUUCCUCAAGAAAAGGAUAAAUCAGCAAAGUCAAUCCAAUGCCUCUCCUGAACAUAGACCUGGAAUGCAAGGUCAGCCAGAUUUCUCUAGUGAUGAGCCAAUGCAUACUUACUCUGAAAAUGGGCCAGGACCAUCUGUUGAUCGAAGUGCGGGAGUACCUUCAACAAGUGGGGCUGACUUUGAUUUACCUUCUGAAGAAGAAGUUGUCCGUUUGUUGAAUUGCUCUGAUCAUUACUCAGUAUUGGGCUUGACCCGCUAUCAGAACAUAGAUGCUUCACUCGUGAAACGGGAAUAUAGGAAAAAGGCAAUGUUGGUGCAUCCUGAUAAAAAUAUGGGUGAUGAAAAGGCGGCAGAAGCUUUUAAGAAGCUUCAAAAUGCGUAUGAGGUUCUUAUGGAUUCGUUGAAACGAAAAGCAUAUGAUGAUGAAUUGAGGAGGGAGGAACUUUUGAGCAUAUUUCGCAGGUUUCAGACUGCUUCUCAAUCCCAUAAGAAUGGUAGGCAAGGAUUCUUUCCUUCAGGAUUUACACGAUCAGAUGCAGACAGUGAUGACCUUUUUAGGGAUUCAAGGCGAAUAUCAUGCAAAAAGUGUGGCAGCUUUCAUAUAUGGAUACAUACAAAAAAACAAAAGUCUCGAGCAAGAUGGUGCCAGGAUUGCCAAGAUUUUCAUCAAGCCAAAGAUGGUGAUGGAUGGGUUGAACAAUUGUCCCAGCCAUUUCUCUUUGGAUUGCUGCAGAAGGUGGAUUUGCCUUCUGCCUAUGUGUGUGCUGAUAGCCAGAUAUACGAUGCCACUGAAUGGUAUACCUGUCAGGGUAUGAGAUGUCCGGCAAAUACUCAUAAACCGAGUUUUCAUGUGAACACUAGCUUAACAUCAAAGCAUGGUUCAAGUAAAGGAUCACAUUCUGGUCAAAGAGGUGGUCGGAUGCCGACAAUGAACGUGGAGGAAACCAUGACAGAAGAGGAGUUCUUUGAGUGGUUACAGAAUGCAGCACAGGCAGGCAUGUUUGACAAUUUUGGUGGCAGUGCUGCUGCUGAGAGUCCGUCUAAAUCAGGCAGCGGUGGCAGCAGCGGUGGAAAUGGAAGCAAGAGAAAGAAAAAGGGAAAGAAGCAACGAUGAGAGCAAAGCCAUCUUUGUUUCUAUAUUAUCAAGGACAGGAUUUGUGGGCCCUUGAAGCUUGAAUGAAGGCUUGAGGAAGAAGUUUGAACCCCUUGUAUAGUGUUAGUUUCCCCAAUUGCCUCAGGUGUCCAUUAAUUUUCGGGUGCUCUGUACACUGCAACAAUAUAGCCGUAAGAAUUGAUGAUGUGGCAAUGAUCCUGUUGCGCUUGAUUUUCCCAGUCAAGUUGCCAUAUGCUUGAAAGCCACUGAAGAGAGGGAUCUAACAAAGGGAUGAUAUUAGUAAACCACAAACGUCAUAUUUAAUCUCUUUCAGCUGAUGUUCAUACAAAUGUUGGUGUUAUCACCAAUCGGUGCGUUUAGAUUAGCAAAACAGCUUUAUAUUUUUGCUGGUACGAACGUUUGAAAUAGAAUAAGAGCAAUGGCACAUAAGAUAUUUACAGACUUUUGGAGCUUCUCUCAAUUAAAAUUGUGGUAUUAAUCA